CACCACACUCGAUAUCGAAUGAAACAUGACAUAGCACCUUGGCCAGGCGUGAAAAUGGCAUCUGCACCAUCCCAGUCGGUCGCCAAGCGACACGCUGACAUGGCUUUGAUGCCCCCUCCGCCCCCCGUCAAGAAGAUCAAGCGACCGUCGACUAUUCUCGAUGAAGACAGCUACACUGAUGCGUUGUCGCAUAUCAUAGCCCGAGAUUAUUUCCCAGGUCUUCUGGAGACCCAGUCGAAGCAGGAGCUGCUGGAUGCUCUUGAUUCCAAAGAUAAAGCAUGGAUAUCGAGAGCGGGUAAGAGGCUCUCUGAAGUCAUGACGCCAAGGAGCAGCCGAGGAGUGAGUAUGAACAUGACCCCUAAUGGUCGUAAUGAUAGCGAUACGCCGAUUACAGCAUAUGGAGGGGAUACACCUGCCUCUGUGGCUUCGUCUGUAAUGACCUCGAUGACGAAUAACAAAGAGCGCAGCGUGGAUGUUGCGAAUCUCAGCUUGACUUCCUUCCAAGCAAAGUAUACAAGUGAAGACAACGAGUCUUUCAACAGAGUCUUGGACAAACAGAAUGAGAAGAAAAGAGAAAAUUACGCUUGGAUGUGGAACGGAAAUAAGAUUCUUUCUGCUCGGCAGAUUGCUCACCGACAGCGAGAAGUGAAGCGCAUUACUGAUCGAGGGGAAGCUGUCAAAGACAGUAGCAAUGAUAGCAAAGAACUAGUUCUAUCGACGGAUCUAGAUGCUCGCCCAGCAGCGCCGGAUACGUGGAAAACUGGGGUGCAGAAUUCUCUCAUGUUCAGCCCUGCAUCUGUUGAAGACAACCACGAAACUCCUAUGCAGAAAGCCGAAGCUUCAUCGCGGGCGGGUCCUAAACAAGUUGUUUAUAACAACACAAGGAUGAAUAGUGUGGCUGCUGGUGGGCAGGAUGCUUCAGUACCACCAUCUCCGUCUCUUUCGGCAAUUAAAGAUGCGAUUGCCGGACGGCCACGUCCUACAGAUUCUGAGCCGGGUUAUACAGGAGGGGAAACGCCUCGAGUGAAUGGAUAUGCAUUUGUUGACGAGGAUGAGCCGGAAGAAGAGGAUGACGACGCCAUGUACGAACGUCUGAGGCUGCUUGCAAGCCAAGGCGUACACACUGAUGAUUUAUCACCGAAUCCUUUCAAUAUCAAAGAGAACCGAAAACGAGAAGAUCUACAUCACCGAAUGGUAGAUCGAGUGGCACGAAAGAAGCGGGCAGAGAAAGCAGGCGUACUUCAAUCGUCAUCUACCUCAUCACCCUCAGUCCCUCGUUUCCCCAGCAGUCCCAUGUUCUCACGCGCUCCUGGUAAUGUGACGCCAGGCAGAUCUGGAAAGCCCUUGACCCCGGCUGCCCAGAUGCUUCUAAAGAAAGUUGGGAAUACUCCUCGACAGGCGACUUCGUCGUCAAGAUUAAAGAACAUGUGGACACCAACGCCGAAAAGGGCGAAAUAGAUGUCUUCAUUUUCGCCCUUUUUUAUUUACGGUUUAUGAUGAUACCCAGGCAAAUGAUUAUUAUAUUCAUAUUUUCUAUAUCAACUAGAUUACUAAAGUAGACCAAUAUACUUGAGAGAAAUCCAG